UAAUUUCCACCGAUGAUAACGAACAGGAGUAGUUGUACCGACGAGGUUAUUUGAAGUUCAUCUUGGGCGCAAUCUUGACCGUCACUUUUAAACCGUUCAAAUCAAUUUUCCGUUUAGACUUAAGUGUACAAUUAUGUCUGCGUCCCACGUCAUUAUGAACAAUGCUCGAUUGUUGAGAAAUGUCAAUAGAAAUACCAUUAGAACCGUUGCCACGAAAUGUCCCUGGAAAGUCGUCCAGGCUUACAGAUGUCAUAAUACUGUACAGUGGCGUUCGGGCAGGCAAAUAUCGUUUAAAAAUGUUGGAUACCGAUUCUAUGCAUCCGACGUCCCUAGUCACAUUAAAGUAUCUUUGCCGGCUUUGUCGCCUACCAUGGAAAGUGGCACCAUUAUUAGUUGGUCCAAGACAGAAGGUGAACGGCUAAAUGAAGGAGACAAGCUUGCUGAAAUCGAAACCGACAAAGCUGUCAUGGAUUUUGAAACUCCCGAAGAAGGGUAUCUAGCAAAAAUAAUGGUUACCGCCGGCCAAAAAGACGUUAAAGUCGGAAAGCUCGUAUGUAUUAUUGUUGAAAACGAAGCUGAUGUUGCUGCGUUUAAAGACUUUGUGGAUGACACUCCUGCCGAUGCUCCACCUCCCGCCACUCCAGCCCCUACACCAUCGUUUUCUGCACCUCCUCCACCUCCUAAGCCGGCUUCUGCCUCAAAGCCGUCUCCGGCCCCUCCAAAAGCUACACCAAUACCAACAGGAUCUCGGAUAUUUGCGAGUCCAUUAGCUUUACGAUUAGCCGCAGAAAAAGGAUUGGAUUUGAACUCAAUCGGUCAAGGUACUGGAUUGUUUGGUUCAAUUAAGUCUUCAGACUUGACUAAAGCCUCUGCCACAUCCGCAGUCAAAAGUAAACAACCAGUCGCAGCAGGAGUUCAAGGGGAUGGUUUCUUAGAUCGUCCGGUGUCUAAUGUUAGGAAAAUUAUCGCACAACGCCUGUUGGAAUCUAAACAAAAUAUACCACAUUACUACCUCACAGUUGAUUUAGGAUUAGACAACAUAGUCGCACUGAGAAAGCGCAUGAACGAGCUUUUAGAAAAAGAAGGAGUGAAAUUGUCAAUAAAUGAUUUCAUUAUCAAAGCGGCGGCGCUGGCUUGUAAAAAAGUCCCUGAAGCUAAUUCCUCUUGGAUGGAUAGUUUUAUUAGACAGUACGACUCGGUGGACGUCAGUGUAGCAGUCAGCACUGACACCGGUCUUAUAACGCCAAUUGUUUUCAACGCAGAUACUAAAGGGUUGGUGGCUAUUAGCACCGACGUCAAACAACUUGCCGCCAAAGCUAGAGAGGGCAAACUUCAACCGCAAGAAUAUCAGGGAGGUACGUUCAGCGUUUCCAAUUUGGGUAUGUUUGGAGUCAAAAGCGUGUCUUCUAUUAUAAACCCACCUCAAUCAUGUAUACUCGGAAUUGGUGCUCUGACCCAAAGACUGAUACCGGACAAGGCAAAUGGCACGCGUGCUCAAGAUGUGUUGCAAGUGACGCUGAGUUGUGAUCAUAGAGUGGUGGACGGGGCUGUUGGAGCACAAUGGCUACAAGCAUUUAGACGAUACAUUGAAGAACCUCACAACAUGUUGUUAUAAAAAUAAUUAUGACUCAAUUCUUAAGACCAUGAACGAUAUAUCGGUCAUAAUUCACGCUUACAGCAAUUUUUUCUUCUGUUUUUUUUAUGUUAUUUGUUUUAUAUUUAGCUUAAAUGUUAAACUGAUGCUAUUAUGUAUACUUUUAUUUUUUAAUUCACGUUUUUAGCCAUGCUGCAAAUUGUUAAGUAGAAAAUCUUUUUUUUUUUUAGAAAAUUCAAAUAACAAUACUAAUUGGUCGUGAAAGAAAAAAACAAAAACUCUCUGUGGUCAUAUCUCGUAUAUUAUUAAUUGAUAAGUAAAAAACAUAUUUCUAAUUACUGGUACCGAGUGGAGUUUGUUGCCAGUUUAUUUGACCUAAAAGAAAAAAAAUAUAUAUAUAAAUCAAAUUCCCAUGUUAUAUACAUAGAAUUACACAAUUCUAUUAUUCUAGUUAAAAAAAAAAAAGAAUUUUAAAUUUUAAAUUUUAAACAAUUUACAUGUAUUAUUUUUCUUACUAUAAAAGCGCGCCUUAGGCUAAAUUUACGUAAUAUCAAA